CGCCAGAUGUCACCCUUCUUUCCCCCCACUCGGAAUCCCGUGAUAGAUGAUUGCGAGAAUCCUUCUUUCCUUGUUCAUGAACCCAAUCCCGGCCAAUCUCCCCUAUAUAUCAACAGCAUUACCUUCCUCUCUUCUCACCCCAACCCCUAUCCCAUUCCUCAUGGCCUCUCUUCUUUCACCUAGAACAACGCUUCCUCUCAUUCUUCUGCUACUUAUCAGCUUUGUGAACCUUUGUCAUGGGUCCAGAAAACUGACUUCUUUAUAUCAACCACCCCCUACCAUCCUAACAUACCAUGGAGGGACCUUGCUAGAGGGACACAUCCCCAUCUCCAUCCUAUGGUAUGGAAAGUUCUCACCAGCCCAAAGGUCCAUCAUCUCCGACUUCCUCCUCUCCCUCACCCCCACUCACCACCACCUUCCCGCCACCGCCACCCCAGCCCCAUCCGUUUCCAAGUGGUGGACCACCGUGGACUCCUACGUCCAAGGGGCUGGGAAGAAACAGACCCAUAUCUUACUAACCAACCAACUGCUCGACGAAGACUACUCCAUGGGCAAGUACCUCAGAAGGCCCCAAAUCUCCGAGCUAGCGGGGAGGCUGGGCGUCAUGAGGGGCGGCCUCGCGGUGGUGCUCACGGCCGAGGACGUAGCCGUGGAGGGCUUCUGCUCGAGCGCGUGCGGCCUCCAUGCGUCCCGCCCCGCCGCCGGCGCGCGCGGGCAGGCGCGGGCCGCGUACAUUUGGGUGGGGAACGCGGAGGGACAGUGCCCGGGGCAGUGCGCGUGGCCGUUCCACCGGCCGGUCUACGGGCCGCAGGGGCCGGCGCUGAGGGCGCCCAAUGGGGACGUGGGGGUGGACGGGAUGGUGAUCAACCUGGCGACACUGGUGGCGGGGGCGGUGACGAACCCCUUUGGCGGGGGUUUCUUCCAGGGAGACGCGGCGGCGCCGGUGGAGGUGGCGGGGGCGUGCCCCGGGGUGUAUGGGAGGGGGGCGUACCCGGGUUACGCAGGCGAGCUGAGGGUGGACCCGGCCACCGGAGGGAGCUACAAUGUGGUGGGGAUGAAGGGAAGAAAGUAUCUGGUGCCGGCUACGUUGGACCCUGUCAGCCAUUCUUGUUUGCCAAUGGUUUGAUUUGGACGGCUCCAUUGGGUGCCUUGCGGCUAGAGGCCUAGUGAGUUUGUAUAUGUUUGUAUAAAUUAUAGCAGUACUUGUAGAAUGCUAAAUAAGUUGUCAUUUGUAUUGGUUUUAAUUAUGAUGGGAUGUUGGAGUUACUUUUAUUA